AUGGCCAGCACCGCGACCCCCCCAGUGAGAGGAAGCAGUGUGCACAACCUGCUGACCCGCCAGCAUCUGCUUUGUUUGGAUGCCGCAGGCGGCCAGUCUCCCAGCGCCCAGGAGCUGCAGCCGUUCAUGCGCCACGUCUACGUGGUGGGGUGCGGCCACAGCGGCACCAGCGUGCUGAAGCGCACGCUGGCCAGCCUGCCGGGCAUGCACUGCAUCCCCAAGGAGUCGCAGCUGUUCAUCAGGCUGGCAGGGCGGCCCAACGCGCAGCGCAAGUACCUGGCGCGGUGGGAUGCAGAGGCGGCGGCGGCCGGGUUCCGCGGGUGGGUGGAGAAGACGCCCAAGCACAUAAUGAAGGUGGACGCCAUCUGGAAGGCAGACCCGCGGGCCCGCGUCGUCUUCAUCGUGCGCGACGGACGUGACGUGGCGGCAUCCAUGCUGGACCGGCGGGUGCCGCUGGGCGACAGCCUGGAGCGCUGGGUGGCCGACAACACCCACAUCCUGCCCCACCUGGACGACCCGCGGCUGCUGGCGAUCAAGUAUGAGGACUUUGCUGACAAGGCGGGCGUGCUGGGCGUGCUGCGCCGCCUGGCCGAGUUUGUCGGCGCCGCUCCCGUCGAGGAUGACCGGCUGCUGCUGGCGCUGCAGCCGCCCGUGGGGGUGCUUCCGGCGGGGCACCAGUGUGCGGUGUUUGAGGGCGAGGAGCAGAAGGUGGCUGACCUGACGGCCAGCUACCUGCAGCUGCUGGCGGGGCAGGGGGAGGCGGCCAAGGGCGAGGCGCCACGCGCGGUGUACCACAACAGGUACCGCAGCUGGCAGGCGUCGCGUGCCUGGGCGCCGCAGGUGGAGCCCACCUGGCCGCGGCGGCUGAGCUGCGAGCAGCAGGCGGCUGCCGCCGCCGACGCCGCGGUGCGCAGCAUGCUGCAGCGAUUCGGCUACCCGCUGGAGCGGCCUGGCACCAACAGCACUGCCUGUUUACAGAGCCAGAGCGGCGACGCGGUGGACGCGACCCCCGUGCUUGCCAGGCCUGCCCAGGACCCAGCGCCGCUGGCCACGGCCUGA